CCUUCUGCAUUUCAGAUCAGCGUUGCUUAUGUUCGCGUCAGGUUUUUAAUCCAGCUGCAAACAUCCCACGCCUUUCAACCUGAAUCUCAUCCAGCUGCAACACCCAGCAUCAUCAUCAUCACCAUCAUCACCUUCAUCAUCAUCACCUGCCAUUCCUGAUGUCGCACGAUAAUUGCAUCAUUGUUGCAGGAAGAAGCAGAGGGAUGUCCACCCCAGACCCUCCAUUAGGCCCUUCCCCUGGUCCCGGGCCUUCUCCUGGGCCAAUGAUGGGGCCUGGACCCUCACCUGGAUCCUCCCAUGGCAUGAUGGGCCCAAGUCCUGGACCCUCCACCACAUCUGGUCACUCUGUCUCUCAGCAAGGAGCAGCUGGAUACACACAGCAGGACAGUAUGCACCCCAUGCACAAAUCUCUGGAGGGUCUGCACGAGAAGAACGUAGGAGAGGAAUCUCGUUUUGGUCAGAUGAAAGCUGUGUCCAUGAGAGCAGGUGGACAUGCUGGUAUGGGGCCUCCACCGAGUCCUAUGGACCAGCACUCCCAGGGCUACCCCUCUCCAUUGGGCUCCUCGGAUCACGUCUCCAGUCCUCUCCCGGCCGGAGCCCCUCCUACCUCCGGUCCUCUCCUUUCCUCUUCCUGCACCUCCUCCAGUCCUCUCGAGGGCGCUGACUCCCAGCCGAGCCGCUCUGGGGCUCAGAGCAACACCCCUGGAUCCUCCGCCAACCCGACACCCUUUAACCAAAACCAGCUGCACCAGCUUAGGGCACAAAUUAUGGCCUACAAGAUGCUGGCACGCGGACAGCCUCUUCCCGACCACCUACAGAUGGCAGUACAGGGCAAGAGGCCCAUGCCAGGCAUGCAGCAAGGCCAGGCCAUGCCAAGUCUGCCACCUGGUGGUGGAGGAGGACCAGGGACAGGUCCAGGACCUCUGGGACCCAACUACAGUCGAGGGCAUGUGUUGAGUGGUCCCAGCGUGCCCCCGUCUGGCCCAAAUGCUGUUCCCCCUGCCAACGGGCCACCAAAAACCUGGCCUGAGGGUCCCAUGGUGAACGCAGCCACACCUUCUAAUGCCCCACAGAAGCUGAUUCCUCCACAGCCCACUGGCCGCCCGUCUCCGGUGCCCCCCUCUGUGCCCCCUGCUGCCUCCCCAGUCAUGCCCCCUCAGACUCAGUCUCCUGGACACCCGGGGCACUCGGCCCAGCCGGCACCCACCAUCCCGCUGCAUCAGAAACACAACCGCAUCACUCCCAUGCAGAAACCCUGCGGCCUGGACCCUGUGGAGAUCCUGCAAGAAAGAGAGUACAGGCUUGAAGCACGUAUAACACACCGUAUCCAGGAGCUAGAGAAUCUUCCGGGAUCACUAGCUGGAGACCUGCGUACCAAGGCCACCAUUGAGCUCAAAGCUCUCCGACUGCUCAACUUUCAGAGACAGCUGCGUCAAGAGGUGGUGGUGUGUAUGAGGCGUGAUGCAGCUCUUGAGACGGCUCUGGAUGCGAAGGCUUAUAAACGCAGUAAGAGACAAUCCCUGCGAGAGGCUCGCAUUACAGAGAAACUGGAGAAACAGCAAAAGAUCGAACAGGAACGCAAACGUCGGCAGAAACACCAGGAAUAUCUGAACAGCAUCCUCCAGCAUGCCAAAGACUUUAAGGAGUACCAUCGCUCUAUCACUGGAAAGAUCCAGAAGCUGACCAAAGCUGUGGCCACGUACCACGCCAACACGGAGCGAGAGCAGAAAAAAGAGAAUGAACGCAUCGAGAAGGAGAGGAUGAGGAGAUUGAUGGCUGAAGAUGAAGAGGGUUACAGGAAGCUGAUCGAUCAGAAGAAGGAUAAGCGGCUGGCCUACCUGCUGCAGCAGACUGAUGAGUACGUGGCCAACCUGACCGAGCUGGUUCGGGCCCACAAGGCGGCCCAGGCUCUCAAGGAGAAGAAGAAGAAGAAGAAAAAGAAGAAGAAGCUGGAGAACGCAGAGGGGCAGCCGCUAGCUUUGGGACCAGAUGGAGAGCCGCUGGACGAGACGAGUCAGAUGAGCGACCUGCCUGUGAAGGUGAUCCAUGUGGACAGCGGGAAGAUCCUGAGCGGAGUGGACGCUCCCAAAGCGGGACAGCUGGAUACCUGGCUGGAGAUGAAUCCUGGAUAUGAGGUGGCGCCGAGAUCAGACAGCGAGGACACAGGCUCCGAGGAGGACGAGGAGGAAGAGGAAGAGCAGCCCCAGCCAUCACAGACUACUGUGGAAGAGAAGAAGAAGAUUCCAGAUCCGGACAGCGAGGAUGUGUCAGAAGUGGACGCUCGUCACAUCAUUGAGCAUGCUAAGCAGGAUGUAGAUGAUGAGUAUGGUGGUGCUGCGUUCACACGCGGUCUGCAGUCGUACUACUCAGUGGCUCAUGCAGUCACUGAAAAGGUGGACAGACAGUCGUCCCUGAUGGUCAACGGGCAGCUCAAACAGUAUCAGAUUAAAGGUUUGGAGUGGUUGGUGUCUCUGUACAAUAAUAAUCUGAAUGGAAUCCUAGCUGAUGAGAUGGGUUUAGGAAAGACCAUCCAGACCAUCGCGCUCAUCACCUACCUCAUGGAGUACAAACGCCUCAACGGGCCCUAUCUCAUCAUUGUACCGCUCUCAACUCUUUCUAACUGGGUCUACGAGUUUGACAAAUGGGCCCCGUCUGUAGUGAAAGUCUCGUACAAGGGAUCUCCCGCAGCCAGACGGGCGUUUGUUCCUCAGCUCCGCAGUGGCAAAUUCAAUGUUCUUCUCACCACCUACGAGUACAUCAUUAAAGACAAGCAAGUACUGGCGAAGAUUCGCUGGAAGUAUAUGAUCGUGGAUGAGGGCCACCGGAUGAAGAAUCACCACUGUAAGCUGACUCAGGUACUGAACACACACUACCUGGCUCCAAGGCGUGUCCUGCUGACGGGGACGCCGCUGCAGAACAAGCUGCCUGAGCUGUGGGCCCUGCUCAACUUCCUGCUGCCAACCAUCUUCAAGAGCUGCAGCACCUUCGAACAGUGGUUCAACGCCCCGUUCGCCAUGACUGGAGAGAAGGUGGACCUGAACGAAGAGGAGACCAUCCUGAUUAUUCGCCGUCUCCACAAAGUGCUCCGCCCCUUCCUGUUACGUAGGUUGAAGAAGGAGGUGGAAGCUCAGCUACCCGAGAAGGUGGAAUAUGUGAUAAAGUGUGAUAUGUCAGCGCUGCAGAGGGUUCUAUACAGACACAUGCAGGCCAAAGGGGUUCUGCUCACUGACGGAUCUGAAAAAGACAAGAAGGGUAAAGGCGGCACUAAAACUCUGAUGAACACUAUCAUGCAGUUGAGGAAGAUCUGUAAUCAUCCCUACAUGUUCCAGCAGAUUGAGGAGUCCUUUUCUGAGCACUUGGGCUUCUCUGGUGGUAUAGUACAAGGCCCUGACCUGUAUCGAGCUUCUGGAAAGUUUGAGGUUCUGGACCGGAUUCUUCCCAAACUCCGAGCGACCAAUCACAAAGUUCUGCUCUUCUGCCAGAUGACAUCACUGAUGACUAUCAUGGAGGACUAUUUCGCAUACCGCAACUUUAAAUACCUCCGUCUGGAUGGUACGACUAAGGCAGAGGACCGCGGCAUGCUCCUGAAGACAUUUAAUGAUCCUGAGUCGCAGUACUUCAUCUUCCUGCUGAGCACCAGGGCAGGGGGUCUUGGCCUCAACCUGCAGAGCGCAGACACGGUGGUCAUCUUCGACAGUGACUGGAAUCCUCACCAGGACCUGCAGGCACAGGAUCGAGCUCAUCGUAUCGGGCAGCAGAACGAGGUGCGGGUGUUACGCUUGUGCACCGUGAACAGUGUAGAAGAGAAAAUCCUCGCUGCUGCCAAGUACAAGCUCAACGUGGACCAAAAGGUCAUCCAAGCAGGCAUGUUCGACCAGAAAUCAUCCAGUCACGAGCGCCGCGCGUUCCUGCAGGCCAUCCUGGAGCAUGAGGAGCAGGACGAGGAGGAGGACGAAGUUCCAGAUGAUGAAACUGUGAAUCAAAUGAUCGCAAGGAGCGAAGAGGAGUUUGAUCACUUUAUGCGUAUGGAUUUGGACCGGCGUCGUGAAGAGGCUCGGAACCCGAAGCGCAGGCCUCGGCUCAUGGAGGAAGAUGAGCUUCCCACUUGGAUCAUGAAGGACGACGCUGAGGUCGAGCGGCUCACCUGUGAGGAGGAGGCGGAGAAGAUGUUCGGUCGCGGCUCACGCCAGAGGAAGGAAGUCGACUACAGCGACUCGCUCACUGAGAAACAAUGGCUCAAGGCUAUAGAAGAAGGCACACUGGACGAGAUCGAGGAGGAAGUGCGCCACAAGAAGACGACGCGAAAGAGGAAGCGUGAUCGUGACCUUGAUGCUGGUCCAUCUACAUCAGGGACACGUGGAGCGAGAGACAAAGACGAGGACAGUAAGAGACAGAAGAAGCGUGGACGACCUCCAGCAGAGAAGAUAACCCCAAACCCACCCAGCCUCACCAAGAAGAUGAAGAAGAUUGUGGAAGCUGUUAUUAAAUACAAAGAGAGCAGUAAUGGCCGGCAGCUGAGUGAAGUCUUCAUCCAGCUUCCGUCUCGUAAAGAGCUCCCUGAGUACUAUGAGCUGAUCCGCAGACCUGUCGACUUCCGCAAGAUCAAGGAGCGUAUCCGCAGCCACCGCUAUCGCAGUCUGAAUGACCUGGAGAGAGACGUGAUGCUGCUGUGUCAGAAUGCUCAGACCUUUAACCUGGAGGGCUCAUUGAUUUAUGAGGACUCCAUUGUGCUGCAGUCGGUGUUCACCAGCCUGCGACAAAAGAUUGAGAAGGAGGAGGAGAGCGACGGAGAGGAGAGCGAGGAAGAGGAGGAGGAACAGGACGAAGGCUCAGAGUCUGAGUCUCGCUCAGUGAAGGUAAAAAUUAAACUGGGCCGAAAGGAGCGCAGUGCCGAAAGAGGAAAAGGCAGGAGGAGGGGAGGGAGAACCAGAGCCAAACCUGUCGUCAGUGAUGAUGACACCGAGGACGAACGAGAGGAGGAGCGCUCUAACACUGCCAGUGAUGAAGACCAGGGAUAAAGACACUAAUCAACGUAAACUGUAUUGUUAAAGCCUAAAGCGGGACUUACUAAGCGCAGAUUCUUCCAUAGAUAUGAUGGAAAAAUACCACUUGCAUCAGAAUCACUAGCAGAGUUGUUGAUUUUUUCAAAGCAAAUGUUGCACAUUUUGGUCCGUUACUUCUCUAAGAAUCAUAUAUUGUAGCGAUAAAAAAGGCUGAACUGAAGCCAGGCUAAUCACACACACUGGAAAUAGCUAAUCUACAACUAGACUUUUCCCACAUCGUUACAUAGUUAUAAUUAAAUAACACAGAGAGUGGUAUUUAGUUCAAUCCUGUACUGCAUGUGCUUUGGUGUUGAUGCAGUUUGUAGCACACUGCCCCCUUGUGGACCCACUUGUUUUUACAAUGAAAUUCUGCAUUAGUUGUACUGUAUAUUGUGUGUGUAUAUUAAUCCUGUCAGCCGUUUGUGCGAGUGAUUUAUGUAGCGCUAUUUUUAGGUUAUGGUGUUUUGCCAUCUUAAUUUCUUUUACCUCUGUGUCAUACGCUUGGUGCGCAAUCAUGUGAUGUCGAGCUGCAUGCAAAUAGGGUUAGCAAUUUAGCCGUUGUAUCUUUCUUUCCCAGCUUGAGGUACUUUUAACUAAAAGUUAAGACUGCCGCCAAGAUGGUGUGUACGAACUAUCGAGCUCCAUGUACUGUAUGUCACGUCCACCUCUUAAAACAUGUAUCUGACACACCACUGGUAGUCUUGACGUGUUUGCUGCUCUGGAUAAGAGCGUAUUUCAGAUCAAAUGAAAGUUGAGGUCGGUUUUGAAUGUGGACAGCAUGCUGAAUUACUUAAGUUUUACUUUUGUAGAAACGUGAUGUCAUGUCGAUGUUUUAAAAUGCUUUUUUUGCGUGUCUUCUCUUUGUCCCUGCUGAGAUUAAACUUUAUGGAUCUUACGCCUGGACAAAAGGAAUUGUACUUAAAAGCAACACUUCAUUCCUUCCAUAAAACUCUGUUAACAGGUGUGUAACUCUGCAGCUGGGACUGUAACUUCAGUUCACAAGUGCAGUCCUACAAAAACAAAUCAUAGUUUUAUGUCUUUACAAUGGAUAUAUUGUGAUCACAAAUCAAAUUUAUGUGCUUUGAUCUUUAUAAAGCGCUAGUUUCCAGUAAAACACGUAAAAUGGUAACAUGUAAACCUGUUAAAAGUGAGAUGUACGUUACAAACUAAACGAUCAUCUGCAAGUGGUUGAUGAAGAAUGAAAUUUGUUACAGAUUCAUUUAAACAUUUGCCAUCUUCGGUGUUGCUUUCACGUAUGAUUGCUUUACACUGGGAAUUAACUCCACAGUAAAUUGCAAGUUUCUGUAUUGUGUUAGCCAGUGAGUGUCAGUGGACACUCGGAUAUAACAAUAAAAUACUGUAAUGUCACAGUAAUGUAACUUUGACUGUA